AUGAGUGCCGGAUACGAUCGACUAGCUGACUUAUGGAAGAUUUUGAAUCCUCUUUUUGAAAAGAUGUUGUCCAUGAAUGGUCUUACAAAGACAGAGCAUGCCCAAGUUUGCAAUUGUGUGUAUGGUUACUGUAUAAGUGUGGACACAACGAAAGCAAUUGCUUUAAACGGUUCGGAACUCUUAUCAUUUUUUGAAAAAUAUUGGAUCAAUUACUCCCUGGCAGCAAAAUACAUUGAUCACAGAUGCAAUUAUCUUAAUAGAAACUGGGUCAAAACUAAAGUUGACGAAGGUUCGAAGGACAUAGUCAUAGUUUACUCGCUGGCUCUGGUUAUAUGGAAGGAAGAGUUAUUUAAGCCAUGCAGCAGGGCUCUUAUUAGUGCACUCCUUGAUGAAGUUGAGAAGGAGCGUAGGGGAGAAUGUGUAUCAACUUCAAGAUUAUGCAUUGUAAUAAACAGCCUUGUGGAACUGUGCAUAACAUCAGAAUCACAUCCUACUGCGUCUUUGAACACAAGUGUCUCCCCUGUUACUACUCGUGGACAUGAUAAUGUUCCUUCAACACAAGUUCCUUCUUAUAGUCCACCCGAUGCUCAUCUUGACUGGCGACAAGGUCUUCCUGUUUACAGAGAUCACUUUGAACAGCCCUUCCUUCGAGAAACCGUUCGCUAUUAUGAAACUGAGAGCAGUGCUGAGGUUUGUGUCGAAAACGAAAAGAGACGAGCUGAUUCUUAUCUCCACAAAAGCACCCUUCAUGAACUCAUAAAGACAACCUAUGAUUGCCUUAUCGGAAACCAUAUUGAAACCAUUGCUGCCGAAUUUAUUAACCUCUUGAAGGAUAACAGGAUUGAGGAUUUGGCCAGAAUGUACAAAGCUUUAAUUCGCUUUGAGGAAGGUGAAAGUCGCCUCGUCCAAAUGUUAGAGCUGUAUGUAGAUGAGGUUGGCUCAGAUGCUUUAAAACAAGUUUGCGAGACUGCCAAAACGGCACCCAAGAUCUUCGUAGAUACAAUUAUAGAGGUCCAGCUAAAGUGUGAAAAUUUACUUCAAAAUGCCUUUUCCAAGAACGCGUCUUUCUCUCGAGCCAUUGACAAGGGAUGUGAGCGUUUCAUUAACCGAAAUGCUAUUACAGAGGCGCUUGGUAGCACACGAAAGACACCUGAGCUCGUUGCAAAGUAUGCUGAUAUUCUCCUUCGAAAGGGUACAAGGGAUGCUCAAAAUGUUGAUCUCGAUGAAGCAUUUGGCCAUGUGAUGAAAGUAUUCAAAUUUGUGGAGGACAAGGAUAUUUUCCAGAAAUUCUACUCUAACAUGCUAGCUCGUCGUUUGGUUCACAAUCAGUCAAUCUCUGAGGAUGCUGAGGGUGCAAUGAUUACCCUUUUGAGAAAUUCCUGUGGUCUGGAAUACACUUCCAAACUACAGAGGAUGUUCCAGGAUGUAACUUCUAGUCGAGAUCUCAAUACCUGUUUUAACGAAUGGCUCAAAACUAAGAAGGAGGAGAGAAGGGACCAACCGGAUAAUCUUUCAAAUAUGGCUGAUAUUACGAUCAUGGUGCUCAGCUCUAACGCUUGGCCUUUCCAAGCUCAGUCUCAACUGAAUCUCCCAUAUGAGUUGGAGAAGUGCCUAAAAGUGUUUACGGAAUUCUACCAGGGCCACCACGAGGGUCGAAAGUUGUCUUGGUGCUAUCAACUGUGCAGAGGUGAAGUUGUGUCCCUCUACACUAAAAUGCGAUACACCUUUGCAGUGUCAACCUACCAAAUGGCGAUUCUCAUGCUGUUCAACAAUGCCAAUUGCUAUUCAAUUCGCCAGAUUAGGGAACUCACUAAUCUCGAUGAAAAUAUGCUAAAUCAAAUUCUCAGCAUUUUUCUGAAAGCUAGGAUUCUUAUGGUGGCCGCAGGUGAUGCUCCGGAGGAACAGUUGAGACAACGGCAGAUUGAAGAGUCGGCUUUGGCUAACACUUCUGAUGCCCCCCCAACCCUUACACCGGAUGUCCUCCUAACGCUCUUCUUCAAUUAUAAUAAGCAAGCUCCAUUGUUGUAUUCUAUAGUUACCCCUGUAACUUCUCUCAUGGUAGAAUUAGGCAAGCGUAUUCGUGUGAAUCUCAACAUGCCAGUUAAAAGUGAAGUGAAACAGGAGACGGAAACAACUCUUGCAAACGUUGAAUGUGAUCGUAAACUCGGCAUACAGGCAUGCAUUGUUCGAAUUAUGAAGACAAGAAAGAGGUUAGAUCACCAGCAAUUGGUAAGAGAGGUUAUAGAUCAGAUGGCGUCCCGUUUCAAUCCUCCCGUCUCACAAAUUAAGCUGUGCAUUAACUCUCUAAUUGAGCGUGACUUCAUUAAGCGGGAUCCGAACAAUCUGAACAUCUACGAGUAUAUUGCCUAA